GAGUAGCGGAGCGCGGCGGGAACGGACCCGGGCCCCGCUGCGCAUGCGCGCGCCGUGACCCCGGCCUGAGGUGAAGGCCCCCGCCCAGGGGCCCGGGGCUGGGAGGCGGAGGCUCCGCGCCCGCUCGCCGCAGAGGAAGGUCGCCGCGAGCCGGCGCCGGACCAAGCCCUGGAACCUGGGUUCUGUGCGAGGGAACAGAAGCCAGCUACCACUGCGGCCUGAGUGGCUGGAGGCCAGGCAGCCAGUGUCGGGAUGCCCCUGCCUGAGCCCAGUGAGCAGGAAGGCAAGAGCAUGCCUGCUGGCCAGGAACCCAAGCCCAAGCCCCCCCAGCCAGGCACAGAUGUGGUCCCUGCGGCCCCCAAGAAGCCCAGGAAGUUCUCCAAGCUGGUCCUACUCACUGCCUCCAAGGACAGUGCCAAGGUGGCGGGGGCCAAGCGCAAGGGUGUGCACUGCAUCAUGUCACUAGGGGUGCCCGGCCCUGCCACCCUGGCCAAGGCCCUGCUCAAGAUCCACCCCCAGCGAGCAAUCGAGGCAGCACCCGUGGAGCCUGAGCACAAGCGCAGCAAGCUGGGCACAGACAGGGAAGAAGAUGCAAGACAAGCGGCUGCUCCAGCCCCCAGCCCCGCGGAGGGUGGGGAGGUGUCCGCGCCCGUGGCCCAGCUGCUCAGCAUCGAGCGGAGUGACAACAGCCUCCCUUGUCAGUGAGGUCCUGCUGGGUCUGGCCGCUGGCCACUUUUCACUCUCAACGUUAUGUAGCUUUCUUCAGAUGAAGCAGAAGUCACUUUUGUAAGAAGGAACAAAUUGGGGCCGGGUGGUGGCGCACCUAGUUGAGUGCACAUGCUACAGUGCACAAGAACCCAGGUUCGAGCACCAGGUCUCCAGCUGCAGGGGGAAAGCUUUGCGAAUGGUGAAGCAGGGCUGCAGGUGUCUCUCUGUCUCCCUCCUCCUCUCAAUAUCUGGCUGUCUCUAUCCAAUAAAUAAAAAAACCAAAAAAAUAAAAAGGAACAAAUUUCCAAAAAAGAAUAAAAGAAGCUGUAGGCUGGACCCCCCUCGACUGCACUGUUCCGUGUGACUCUGGGUGCCAUGCAGACGCACCCCCACCCCCCCAGCCAUGGCCCAGCUCUGGGGGGAGGGGAGAUGGCCUGACCUCUGGCACCACCAGCCUCUGCGGUCUCUGGAAACCGCCCUGGACACCAGGCCCGGCUGCUGCCGCUCGUUUACAUUCAUGCUCAGCAAAGGAGGGAGAUUCAGGUGCCGGCGUUUCACAGCGACCCGCCCAGCCUUGCUGCUUAUUCUGCACAGAGACAGUGUGUGGAGGGGGAGGCCCCCAUGGCAAGUGCUGCCAUCCUCUGGUCCCAGAGCUCAGACCCAGGGCCUUAAAGGCAUGUACUCUACCCGCUGAGCCACCUCCUGGCCCCAAAAGGGUAAUUAGAAUAAUAUUUUACUUUUAUUUUUUUAAAAUAUAUUUUAUUUAUCAAUGAGACGGAUAGGAAGAGAGAGAGAAAGAACCAGACAUCAGUCUGGUACAUGUGCUGCACAUGUGCUGCUGAGGAUUGAACUCAGGAUUUCAUGCUAAAGUGUCCAAUGCUUUAUCCAUUGCGCCACCUCCUGGACCACUCUUUCCUUAC